UGGCUUGCCCAACCCUACCAGUGCUCAUCACCUUCACGUUAAGACCUGGCGAGGCCAAAGCUGCCCAUCAGCAUCAGCCACUCCCUUGUUCUCAUUAUCUCCCCAAUGCAGUGGAACGACACAAGUGCUUCAUCAAAAUCAAUACGAGUGCUUCAGGAACAGAGUGCUUGACCAUAAUCAGAAUCUAGUUACAUACUGCAAGGGCUCAGGAAAUUCCACAGUUCAUCAGAAACAGAGCUCUUGACCAUGAACAGGAUUGAAGUACUAUAUUGAAACAUGGUUGAGCCGUAAUUCCAAGUACAUUCAACAAUGCCUACAGCAACUAUUAACUUGUGUUCAAUAACAGGCAUGACUAUGGAUUGGUGAGGCAGAUAAGUGACAUAGUACAUACAUCUGUUCCUGUAAGCACAAAAUGGCACCAGGAAUGGCCAGUGUGACUGUUCCUGCUGACCACAAUGAGUUGGUGGAGGAAAUGCAGCAAAUUGAAAAGCUGCCAGUUGGGGAGCGAAUCAAACUGGCACAGAAGAGACGGAAACAACAGUUGUCUAUCUAUGGCAAGUGGAUGAAGACAGACACGACCAGCAAGCCAGCAAAGCAGAAAAAUCGCAGGGGUAUUGUGUUUUCACCCCUGGCUCAGCUGAUGGAGGCAGCAACUCGUGGGUCCAUUGAAGACCUGCGUGCCCUCCUAAAGUCAGGUGCUGACCCUAAUAUGAAAAACCAUGAUGGGCUCACAGCUCUGCAUCAGUGUUGCAUUGAUGGUUCAUCGGAAACAGUGGCACUGCUGCUCAAGUAUGGUGCGGAUGUAAACGUAACAGACCAAGACCUUUGGACGCCUUUACAUGCAGCAGCCACCUGUGGCCACUUCAAGGUGGUGACGAUGCUAGUUAAGGCUGGGGCAGAUGUGACGGUAGUCAAUGGGGAUGGGGAUAUGCCCCACGACAUCACUGAGGAGGAGGUGACACUGCAGUACCUCAAGAAUGAAAUGAUGAAGCGAAACAUCUCAACCGAAGACCUGGAACAGAUACGUCGCAAGCCACACGACCUGCUGUUAAGUGAUGUGGAGUCUGUUCUGGCUGCUGGGGAUGACUUGAAUCAGCGAGUGGGGCAAAAAGGUGAGACCUUCCUUCAUGUGGCCAUUGCUCAGGGGCACAAUGAUAUUGUAAAGCUCCUCCUGGACAAAAAAGCUUCUGCUACAGUGGAGGAUAAUGAUGGUUGGCAGCCAGUUCAUUUGGCAGCGUACUGGAAUAAUGAAGAAGCUCUGGAGCUGCUGGCGACUGACUCUACAGUGAAUUUCCGGGCUGAGACCAAAGAUGGGGACACCCCUUAUGAACUUUGUGAUGACCACAAUCUCAAGCUGUUGGUUCUUCAUAUCCUUAAGGACAGGCAUGAUAGCAGUGCUUGUAGCCAAACCUCAUAUGGUGAUGAUGGGCCCAAAGAUGUGAAUGCCACCCUCACUGAGGACACCAUGGAUACAUCCCCACCACCAACAGUCAAUGGAGAGGACUCUGAUAAUGGUGAUGACUUAUUCAUUCUAUCAGUGGAAGAUGCACCACCCAGCCCCCUAAUAAAUAUAGAGGCCCCUGAGCAUUCAGACCGCAGGAGUUCCAUCAAAGAGGCGAAGCACAAUGCACCUCUCAAGAGACAAGUUAGUGAAAGGAGAAGCAACAGGGAGAGAGAGUCAGUUACUAUGGAAGCUCUUAAACCUCUGAUGGUAAAGGAAUUAAAUGAAAAUACUUCAACUUCUCGCUCUGUCCCCUCCCUCUCUCCAGACAAUUACCAAGAGUUUUAUGAGGCACCUCAACCCACCACACAAACAUCAGAUCCUGUUGAAAAACAGAAAGUGUCAUCUGAUUCUGAAUCUGACUCCAAUUCACAGUCCUAUCAGCCAACCAUAGACACACCACACACAGCAUCAGAAACCCCAUCUCCUACUCGACCUGAAGACAUUGCCAUCCAUGAAACCCCAGAGGCUAGCAAAAUGAAAACAACAGAUGAAAGCCAAGCUGCUAACAGUAGGCUAGAUAAGAGAGCUGAGGAAGAGGUAGGGGAUGGGCUGAUGAUGCGACCAAAAAAGAAGAAACCUGCUCCACCUCCUCCCCGUGGUUCCCUGCUGGAUCUUAAGAGGCAACGCUCAGAGGAACGUGAACACAGACUUCAGCAGGGGAAUACAAGUGCUGGGCAAGCUGUACAAAACUCCAACUUCUAUCAGGGCAGCAGCAUAAUUUACGAGGCCCCACCAAGUCCCUCAAUGAUCCGCUACAAAUACAAGAUGGUGCCUGAUGACGGUGUUCGGCAAACAAUAUUCAAACAGAAAAAAUGCAUUGUGAUGUAAGACAGUCAACUUAAAUAUAAUGAUAACAAGCUACUGACAUUACUAUUUAGUUAGGUAUCUUUAACUAUUCUGUUAACUCUGAGCUAUAUAUAUAAAAUCAAGCUACCUAUGUUGUUUACUAUAUAAGUAAGUCUUUGUGAACUGAUAUGAAUACUCUAAUCUUUUGCACACACAUGAAAGAAAUGUUCUUUUAAAAAAGUUCAAGCACUGAACCAAAAGACUGAGCACUGAGUUAUAACUAUACUAGUUGAUAAUUAAUCAUAUAAUGGGGGAAAAUACACACUACACUUAGUGCUACUGAGAAGUUUGUAGCAGGGUUAAAAGAUAAGGGGUAUAAUUAAACAGAGCAGAAAAAAAAGUUUGAAGCACACUGCACUUCACCAACAAUACAAAGGAACCAUAUGCAGAGCCUGAUGUGAUAGGGAGUUGUAAAAAUAUGCAAAAAGAAAACAAGACAUUUUGAGAAUCAUUAGUUAUAGUACCAAGAAGUCCUUUUAAAGAUACCAAGAAUAUAAAAGUAAAAUAAUAAUUUACUGUCACAUUCAAACAGCACGAUUCCAUCAUCUUGUGAUAUUUACUAAUAGCCAUGUAUACAGUCUUUACAUCAGUCAUUAUCAUAUUUACUGACUUCAGUUGGUGUGAGAUGUCAUAAGCAUUAAUAAAAAAGUAGAAAUGGUACUGGUAUCUAAUUCAUGUAAUCAACAAUUAAGAUAAAAAAAAUCUCCCAGAUUCACAAAGAUUACAAUCCCGACACAGGUUUAUGGAUUUACAGCUGCUUAUCAUGAUCCACCACCAAAUCUACAGUCUGCCCUCCACUAAUGAGGUUUUCACCACUGUGGAUUUCACUGCAGCCUCCCACAUGCAUUUCAAGUACGAUAUAUAGAUUUGUCUUUUAACCCGUACAGCAUCAGAUACAUACGACGUACGUAUUAUUGUUUAAUACCAUUGAGAAUGAGAUACGUACGUCGUACGUAUUUAUUUAUUUAUUUUUUCCUGUCACUGGAGUGUGUCAAGGGUGAUUUCUGUGGUGGUGCCCAGGUAGACUGACCCUUUGGGAAUACUGACCACCCAAUAUAUUUCAUUUAUUGUCAUAACUGGCAAGCCAGGCAGCCAUUAUUUUGGGUACACUUUUUUUUUUAUUUGUGUGGAUAUUGGAGGUGGUUUUGGAGAUCAUGAUGUGGAAAUUGAAGUGGCUGGUGGUUAGAAAGUGGUUUGCCAGUGUUGUGGGUGAGGUAUAGUGGGUAUACUGACGUCUUGAACCGGUAAUUUUGUACCGGCAAUUUUGGUAAGAAGGGGGCCACGUAUAAACUGUAAUUGCGUGAGCAAACAUUCUUGUGGGUGACUGUACAUUAAGUUGAACAAUCAGAAAGCUCAAAAUGAGUUACUCUCUUACAAUAUAUGUAAGUCUGUGGUAAAUAUGUUAAAAGAAAACAAUUUACUUGGAUACGCACCCUCAAUUCAAAGAAAGUCUAUGGAAAUCAACAUGAGCAUUUCGCUUCCUGACUCUAUAAAAAAUGGCCCAAAACACCGACUUCUAGGCGACAGAAAGCUAAAAGACGUUACAUUUCUCCAUUUCUCAUGGUUUUAAGCUAUUUUAUGCAAAAAAAAUAGAAUCGAUUUUUCCUCCGCCGUUGGGGUGGGGAGGAAAUUACAAAAUACCAAAACGCUGUACGGGUUAAUGACACUAAAGAAAGCCCACAGUAAAGGAGUAGGCUCUUAAUUCAUAUCCUUCAGGGUCACUUAAGGGAAGGUGAAUAUAUAUUAUUAACCUCUACAAGGUGACCUACCCUUACUUGAACACUAAAGUUUUCUUGCUUCUAAUUGUUACUACUCUAGCAUCUGUUCAUAAGUCUAAGUGAAUGAAUUGCUAGACAAGUAAAAAGGGGUGCCCUCUUGCUCUCAACAAUUCCCUUGGCAAUGUACAAAGCAGGUUAAAACUCCAUAAUUACACCCAAUUCAAGAUGGCUGAGUAAGCCUCUGCUAAGUCUACAUGUUGUUAUUCCGCACUCUUAUACUAACAUAUAAUAACCAUUUAACAAUAAAGAUAGGAACUUA